CAACAGCACCUCACUCCCAACCAUUUUAGCACAUCACGUGCGACACGAUCCCUUGCACUGUUUCUUUUUUCUUCUUUGCGUUAGUGUUAUCAUCGUGUCCGUCUUGCGAACGUUUAAGUUGCACCUCCUGAGUUCAGGAGGUUUACUUCGCCGUUCGGGACCACUCCACGCUUUCGGACAUGGACGUCUUGAGACUCCGAAGUACCUACCAUCGCAUUCUGACGUGGUCCAACAAAUUGGGAUACGAUUGAAGCUUGCAGCCGUCUGAGCAACCAGAAGAGGACAUCAACAAAUGCCGUUUUGUGAAAGCGGAUAUGCUACAAAGGCAACUAUCUGUGUCCUAGUCUACGCGCUGAGCUUCUUAUUCUUGACGAUGGAGUCCAUACUUCUCAUUGAUUCGAAGAUUCUUGUUGCCUGGCCCGUUCUCGAUCGGAUACAAACCUUUAUGCAAAAAGAUAUAUCAUGUCCAAAAUGCCUGUCAAAAGCUAUUAUUGACACAGGCCACAGUUGGACAUAUAUGAUGCUCUCAAACUUGCGAUCACCUUUGUCAGAAGUUCCUAGAAUCCUAUUGACUAUUUCCCUUCCCGGUUACACUGUUGAAUCCUAGUUAUAGUGUACCUAAGAGCAGUCUUGACCUGUUUCUCUCAAGCAGUACCUAGAUCAGUCGCUCCAGAUUCGGUCC